CGGUUUAUUAAUACAAAAUGGCCACUAUCAACGGAGACUCCGAUUGAUUUUUAAUUCCGCACUGUCCGCGUCUAAAAUAUAAGAGAAAAAACACGCUAUUAGUAGAGACGCACGCAGCGUUCAAAAAUAGAAUAAUAAAAUUUCAUAACCUACUCUGUGUUCAGUGUCGAAUAUAAUGUGUUGUAUAUUCUGUGCGUUUCCUUAGAAAAAAGUCGGCCAUGUUGGGAAGAGUGACAUUCGCAGAGUAAUCCAAGAUUAAUAAAAGCAGGCGCAUACGUCAACAAGAAACUGAUGCCUUCAAAAAUUUAACUUCCAAACGUUUGACAAGGGAAUAAACAUGGCGUCUUGCCUUGGCGGCCAUUUUGGGCCGAGUCAGGAGUAUAUGCCGGUGGCGGAAUUUUACGCGGACAAAUCAGUCUUUGUCACGGGUGGAACGGGUUUCAUGGGAAAGGUGCUGGUCGAAAAAUUGCUGAGGAGCUGUCCCAAAAUCAAGAAGAUUUACUUAUUGAUGAGGCCGAAGCGUGGUCAGGAUGUGGCGUCCCGUCUUACAGAACUCACACAAUCCCCUUUGUUCGAGACGUUAAGGAAAGAACGGCCUCAAGAACUUAACAAGAUCGUACCAAUAGUCGGCGAUAUCACGGAACCAGAAUUAGGUAUCAGUCCAGCGGAUCAAGCAAUGUUAUGUCAGAAGGUAUCUGUGGUCUUCCAUUCGGCUGCAACGGUUAAAUUCGAUGAGAAACUAAAGCUAUCAGUAACCAUCAACAUGCUGGGGACGCAACAGCUCGUCCAGCUCUGUCAUCGUAUGCUUGGGCUUGAGGCUUUAGUUCACGUGUCGACCGCAUACUGCAACUGCGAGAGAGAACGAGUGGAGGAGACGGUGUACGCUCCACCCGCUCACCCGGAGCACGUCGUCACCCUGGUACAGACGCUGCCUGACGAACUGGUGGAUCGAAUCACGCCGGAUUUAGUUGGAGACAGGCCUAAUACCUACACGUUCACCAAGGCUCUUGCCGAGGACAUGCUAAUCAAGGAAUGCAAUAACCUUCCUGUCGCGAUCGUUAGACCUUCAAUUGUACUCUCAUCUGUCCGGGAGCCGGUCAAAGGUUGGGUGGAUAACUGGAAUGGUCCCAAUGGCAUCAUAGCAGCGGUCGGCAAGGGCGUAUUCCGUACAAUGCUUGGCACGGGUGGACGUGUCGCAGAUUUGGUGCCAGUCGAUACCGUCAUCAAUCUGAUGAUUGUUUGCGCUUGGCGGACUCAUUUGAGACGAGGUGACGGUGUGGUGGUCUACAACUGCUGCACGGGUCAGCAGAAUCCGAUCACGUGGCAACGUUUUGUCAAAACCAGUUUCAAGUAUAUGAGAAAACAUCCCUUUAGUGAAAUUACUUGGUAUCCUGGUGGAGAUAUUACGAAUAACCGUCUAAAGCACAGCACGCUGACGUUGUUGCAGCACAGAGCACCGGCCACCAUCAUCGACCUCAUCGCCAAACUCACUGGAAAUAAACCUAUGAUGGUCCGUGUUCAGAAUAAGUUGGAAAAAGCCUCAGCAUGCUUGGAAUACUUUACUACUCGUCAAUGGGCCUUUGCUGAUGACAAUGUACAGGCCCUCUGUACCGCGCUCUCGCCCGAGGACCGGAAUACUUUCGACUUUGAUGUCACUAACAUAGACUGGGACGCCUAUAUCGAAUCCUACGUCUUAGGUAUACGGAGGUUCCUCUUCAAGGAAAGUCCGGACACUUUGCCUAAGUCAAGAAAAUUACUACGUAGGUUACACAUAGUGCACAUCCUUACUCAAGUGGCUGCCGUAUUCUUCCUUUGGAGAUUCCUUUUCAGCCGUUCCAAUGCACUGCGAAACAUAUGGCGCCGAAUUGUCGACCUAUUAACGCGAGCCGCGAGACUUUUAGCCAUCGCCUGAUGUCCCGCUUCCAUAAUAUAUAAUAAACUUCGUUGACAUCGCCACUUACAGCUUAAGAACGCUUUAAACAAUAAAAAGAACCCUUUCGACGUUUUCUUUUCAUGUUGACAUUAAUAUAACGACAAGAUGGCGGUCGUAAACAGUCAAACACCGAUAGUUUUUAAAGCUUCACAAGCGGCUUGCGGCUUUAACGUCAACUCGACGUUGCCAUGACAUAUGUCAACGCACGUUCCACAUGUCAAAUUGAAACGUCAACUUUCAUUUUGACAGUUCAAUUCGCGUUCGAAUUAUCGAGCGCUAGACGUUAGAUUUUUAAAAUGUUAAGGUGUUAUUCCGGAUUUUUUUGUACCGUUACAGCUCAAUGAUAAAUCAAAUAAAAAACAAAAUGAUAAAGUUCAAAACUUUACGCAUAGUAAUAAUUAUUGUAAUAGAGACGCAAUAAUUCCCGUUAUAUUAAUGAUUGUAAAUUGAGCCAUAGAUAAUAUAACUGCCUUAUUUGUAAGUGCUGUAUUUUUGUCACUCGAACGGUGUCACAACGACUUAAUAACUUAAAUCGGUUCUACGCGUUUAAUUAUAGUUUAUAGAAAAAGAGAGAAAAAACUCCACCUUAAGCCGUAAUAUAAGUGCAACCAAUUAUUGUUGGUACUUCUUCUUUCGUCUAUUGUAACAUUUGUAGCAUAUUUAUUUGUUAAUUAGCAACAUUGAACACAUAGCUUUACCGGUAGCGAAAUAUGGUAAAAAUUGUGAACGAUACAAUUUAAAUUCAAGUUGAUUAUAUUUAUUUAAUUUAAGAAAAUUGGGAAUAUUAUUGGUGUAACAUUGUUUUUGAAAAGAAGGUUGUAAUAUUAUUUCUAGCUACCGGUCAGUCUGCCAAAGAUGUCGAUUUAAUUUAUGUAAAUUAAAAAAUAAUGCUUUUCAAUAUUAAUAUUUAUAUAUAUUGUUUUAAUCGAUUGCGGAAAAAAAUCACUAGGAAAAUUUUCAA